AACCGUCCAAUAAAAUGGUGAAUUGUGUGAAAAUGGCUGAAACUAUGGAAGAACUCCAUGUCCGCCACCGUUUCCGGUGUGCAGAUACCUAAAAUGUGUCAAGUGUGUGACCCGUCCUGACAAGAACUGUGAGCAGUUUGCAGAGAAAGAGAUUUGUGCAGAGGGUGUAGAGUGGUGUGGGUCCUAGAGCCCAGAAAACAUGCAUAGUAAUCAUGUAGUAAGACGCUUCAUGGUCGUGAUGUUUAAGUCACGCAACCGCAGUGCACUCUGUUUAUAGCCAAACAUUGGCUUUUCACUUCUAGAGAUUUUAUUUAUGCCUCAAAAAUCACAAAAGUAGCGCCGAUUAUGUGUUCGCUCAUAGUAUGAUCUAUAAACAAGAUGAGAGGAACUGAGCCUGCAGAUAAAAACAGGACUGUUCUUGUCACCUCAUGUUCUGCUGACAUCAACCUUUGCCUCACACCUCUGACCACUGAAGACAGGUGGCUUCAGACAGUCGCUCUGUGUUGGGUGGUGCCCUCUGCUGGCACUGAAGCAGAACUGCAACUCCCAGCAGGAAAACAAAUAAGUUUCACUUUCCAAACGUCACAGAAGGACGAGCCGAGGGAACCUCCGUGGGCAGGUCCCCGCCAAGUGAGCAGCUCUGAUCGGACACGGUAAAGUAAUACCUCGUGGUGCGCGAUUUGAUUUGUGACACAGCGCAGUAAACAUUUCCCCACGUCCCACAGCGCCGCGGUGAAAAUGCAGCGUGGCGGAAGCGAGCCGGCGCGCUGAGCCGUGCGCGCUGACCGGAGAUGGAACAGCUACAUGACCUGGAGCCCGAGAAGCUGCUGCGCUUCCUCCACGUCAAGAAGACGGAGCUGUCCUGCACGGACAACCCGCUCACCCUCAUCAGCCAGCUCAGGGACCACGACCUGAUCCCAGAGGACAGGUUCAAGAAGAUGAAACGCAUGAAGAGUAAAGAGAAGUUGAAGAAAGCUUUCUAUGAAGCUCUGGACUGGAUGGAGAGAGAGCGAUCGCAGCACAUCCGAGUGUUCUGGAGGUCCGUCUUCAAGGACACCAUCAUGAAGCAGUACCCUGCCCUGCAACUGCUGCGCUACAGCCUCAUGGACGGGUCUUUUGAAUCUGAAAUACAACUGCCUGAGAAGGUGGGAAAGGAAGACACUGACAAAAGGAAAAGGAAGGAGUCUUCAGAGGACGAGGAGGGUGAAGAGGUGGAGAAAGCUAACUCUGGAAAGAGGAAGGGAAAACAGAAAAGGAGGAUUGUGUCUGAUGAAGAGGAGGAGCAGGCCGCUCCAUCGUCUCCUGUGAAGAAAAAAUCCAAGAAAAUCUGCUUCUCUUCUCCCCUGAAGAAGGGAGAGAAGAGCGACAUUUGGACCUGGCGCUUCUUUAAGUCCCAGCUGCCUGUGACCUGUGGACACCAGCAGGGGACACUGGACAGAGGCAAAAUGGCUAAAGGGGAGAAGUGCAUUAUGGUCAAUAAACAGUGGUUCACUCCCGCUGAAUUUGAGGGGCUUGCGGGGAAGAGGAGCUGGAGGAAGAGCAUCCGAUGUAAGGGCACCCCCCUGGGCAAACUCAUACAGGAAGGUCACCUGAAGUCAGUGAGGUACAGAGGGUGUAAAACGGCCAAGAAAACACUGUUCCCAUCGGAUGGUUUCGACACAGUGUCAGAGAGCGAAGAAGAUGAAGAUGAAAAUGAGGACAGUGACCAAGACAAUGAGGUUUCAUCAAGCAGCAGAGAAACUUCCCCAGACGUCACAGAUGAAGAGGAAGAGACGGAGGAACAGGCCGAGCAGCAGUCAGAGGCCAGCCAUGACAGCAGCAGGAAGGUGUUCAACGUGACGUGUGGAGCUUUAACCGGGACCUUACAUAAACAUAGAUUUGCAACAGGGUAUCGUGGGAAGAGUAUCCGGACUGAGACGAGCUGGAUGACUCCGGUGGAGUUUGCCAAGUUGGGGUCAGGUCAGACAGACUCCCGCUGGAGGAAAAAUAUACAGUGGGAGGGGAAACCGCUCGGUGUCCUAACAGAGGCUAAAAUCUUGGAGAUCCACUCUCUGCGGUGUCCCUGCACUUGUUGUAGCCCAGAUAGUAAAGACCUGGAGAAUCAGAAAAACGACGAUGUGUGUUGCAUCUGUAAAAGUGAGAGAGAAGAAGAAGAAGAAGAAGAAGAAGAAGAAGAGGAGUUGGUGAUGUGCGAUCGCUGUCCUCGCUCCUUCCACCAGAAAUGUCACCUGCCUCACGUGGAGGAGGCUGUUUUAGGGGACAGUAGUCCGUGGGUGUGUACGCUCUGUGAAUACAGAAGCGGUCCAGAGUGCUAUUAUCAGGAUGAGAUGACACAGGAAGCAGUCAUGUCCAGCCAGAUAUCACAUCACAUGCUGCAAUCAAGGGUGCUAUUACCAGGACGAGCUGACAGGAGAGGCAGCUAUGUCUCGGCAAAUCUCACAACACAUGCUGGUGAGCACACUGUGACUCUUUUUGUCUUUGCGUCACAAUGCCUGUCUCACACUGCCGUCACUCUUCUUCUCUUCCCACCUCAACAGGAGUGUCAGUAUCUCCUCCUGCAUCUGUGCAGCGCUGAUAAAGAACAAACAUUUGCGAAAGACCCAACCCUCUAUUUUUCGGACUACUCCGCUGUGAUCGAGACUCCGAUGUGGCUGGGUAGCAUUGCGGACAAACUGCAGAAGCAGCUCUACCAGACUGUUGGAGAGUUUGUGUCCGAUGUCCAGCUCAUUUUUACCAACUGCGCCUCAUACAACCAAGAGAACGCUGAAAUCCUCGCCACGGGCAACAGACUCAAGGAGUUAUUUGACGAAGAAUUUAAGAAUGUGUUCAACAUCAAUCAAAGAAUUACAGUCUUGUGCUAAAUUUUUUUUUUUAUUGGUUUGUUUUUUGUGUGUUUUUUUACACAUCCUUUUUGUGUGGGACACUGUACUUUUAGAGAUAAAAUUCAAUCUCAGAAUUUUAAUAUUUGCAAUAUUAACGAGGAAAUAAUACAAACUCAGAAACAUAUGAUAAACAAACUGUUCUCAGAGGAAAAUAAGGUCCCCAGAACACUGUUUUUCAAGCUAAAGACGUGGCAGGGUCCGCCACAUAUUAACAAAAUAAGACAGUAUGAAACAAUGAUGCCCUCUAAUGUCAGUUUAUUUAUUCAGGGUUUUUUUCCACACUUGAAACUGUUUGUUUUGUAUAAAUUAGGCAUAAAAAAAUCGGUUUCUCUUUUGAUUAAAAUGUCUUCCCUAAAACUACAUAGUGCACCUUUAAAAUAUCUCAAUGGCUCAAGGACUAACAUUUUAUAUGAAAAUGAAAGUGUUAUCAUAGAGGUCACACUUUACAGAAGUUAGAAAUUUUUACAACGUUUAGGGAAUUCCAGGUGUUAUGUCAGUGAAAACAGUUGUAUGAAGCCUUUUUGUGCGCAACAUCUCGUCAGUUGUCUCAAGUGAUGUCACGCAUGUCUGAAAAUUAGAAGCUUUAAAAUGGUGCAGACUUGAAGUUAGCCUACCAAACCUCUUUAGACCGCUCAUCAUCUCUGCUUGAGGCUUGCAGCUCGAGGCUACAUGACCCUCUACUAGUAUUGUACACCUCACAUAAAGUACCAAACUGUUGCUGGGACAAGUUGCAGUGUUUAAAUGUGUUGCUCUGGCCCUUAUUCACCACAUGACAAUACAUUCCACUAUAUUAAAAUUCUACCACCAUGUAUUCAAAAAGUGGGUAAUUAUUAUUGUCUACUCAUCAAAAGUACAUUAUAAAAUUGUCUCUUAUACAAUGUUUUACACUGGAAGCAAACAAAUGUUUACAUGUCAUGUAAAAAGUCAUUUCCUCCCAACAUGUUUUAUUGUCAUGUGUUUUUCUGAUGAACAUCCAAAAUGUAUUUGUAUAAAGUGUCAUGCAUCAGUAUUUCCACGUCACUACGUGGUAUUUGAAGUUGUUUACUUUUGCUCUCUCUUCCUGUCUGGUUCUUUCUGAUCUGUUGUUUGUGGAUGGCUAAAGGCAAAAACUGUGGUCCUGUCUUUUCUUAUGUCCCCUGUCAGAACAUCUUUAUAUAAUCAAUAAAAUGUUUUGGCCACCAGA